GAUCGACACUGGGCAGACGACAAAAGCCGGCGUUUGUGUAUAGUACCGAAAACUACAGAUCGGAUCAACAUAUUUACCUGUUGGCGCACACAUGCAGGAUUAAUCGCCCACCAAAAUGUGGGGAAAGUGUUGCAUAUAAUGCAGCUGAGUGCAUAUAGACGUCAAGGAAAAUAGUAAUGAAUUCUCAGGCGUAAGGUUACGGGGGAUCAGAGUCAUUCAGAAAGCUGUACCAUUAUUGGGAGUCAUGUCGGGCUCUUCGCUAGGCACACUAUGUGUGCUGUGGAUUUUUGUGACUUGUGUGAGGGGGAUUUACAUCCGUGCCCCGAAGGGAAAGGAAUCCUUUGCCCAAUAUCCUAAAUGGAACGCGUGUAUCAAUGCCUCUUUGAGUUUUGAGUUCAAGACCAAACAGGGUACGGGUAUUUUAAUGUACACUGACGAUGGGGGAUCAUACGACUUUUUUGAACUCUCACUUGAGAAAGGGGUCGCUCGAUUGAGGAUAAACAUUGUGAAUGGUCAUGAUGGAAGUGUUGAGUUUCAGGCUGGACAAAGCCUUAAUGAUAGCAAGUGGCAUCGGGUGACAAUUCUAAGAAACAGGAUGGAAACCACUUUUUCUGUGGACCAAGAAUCUUCCAAAAAUCUCUCGUAUGGGUCAGAUUUUUACUUUGGAAAUUUGGGGAAUAACAGUGAUGUAUACUUUGGGGGGUUACCAGAGGCUUAUAUGAAGAGUCUGGAAGAUCUUGCUUUACCGUCAGUAAUGUUCUCCAAACGAUUGGCUGUGGAGAUACGAAAUGUCAUAUAUGGAAAUUGUUCAUGUGAGCCCGUCCGUGGAAGCUUAAUCCGUGGUGUAUCCUUAGAUGGGAGAUUUACCGAGGCAUGUGACCAAAGGAAUCCGUGUGGAGACUGUCUGUGCAUCAGUGUGGAUGCUGGACCAAAAUGUCAGUGCGACGAAACCGACAAAUGCGGGAAAGAUACGUCCAGUGUGUUCUACCAUCUUCCAAUGAAUACCUUAAUUGGAAGGACAUCAGUGAACCCAUCGGGACUUGACGCCAACAUUGAUGGGUCUAUUGGACUUCCGAAGAGCACUAGGGGGGUCAUGGGUAAUGCGAUUCGGAUCAGGGGAAGACGAGAGUGGCUCCAGGUCACCGGUCCCGGACACAGAUACGAAUGUUUUGGAGACCUGGAAAAAUGUAACAAAGGAUACACGCUUGGAUUAUGGGUAAAGUUCAAUGAUGUUGGGGACACUGAGGGCAUAUACCUGUCUAACGGAGGACAUAGCUCCAACUCUCACGGUAUUGCAAUGACGUAUAAACUCGGAGAGUUGGAAUUUGUGUUCCGUACCAAAUCUGGUCUGUACUGGAACGUCAAGUACGACAACGUGUUAGAAGACAAGUGGUACCACGUGCUCGUCACAUGGACAAAAGCAAACGGAGUGAAGUUGUACAUUAAUGGAGAUCUUGUCAGCAAGUCCAAAACGCCAGAACAGAGGUUGGCGAUGACCAGAAAACCUCGUUUUAACGAAUUUCUGAUCGGCCGCAGUAAUGACAGGACUGGUCUCGAUACUCUGGGAACAAUAACAGUGGAUGAGCUGAAGUUCUGGUCCGAAUACAAGGACGAAUUUCAGGUCCGCGAACUCGGUCCCAUGUACAGAUAUUAUUUAGCCAUGGAAGAAAUUACUGGAAGAGAACUGGUUGUCGAAAAUAUGGCUAUUGAAGUUUUGGGCAAUGUUCAAACGAUGAAAGGCAAAAUUGGAAAUGCCUUGAAAUUUAACAAGGACGGGGGCAAUGUGGACAUGGGGGACUUCAGCACCUCCUGUCUAGGUAAUCCAGACCUGUGUCUGCAUGGAUUCAUCAUCUCCUUUUGGAUGAAGCUGGAUGAAUUGCGUAACCAUUCCUAUUAUUUCUCCAGUCCUGGAAUUGAUAUUUACUCAGUGGGAAAAAACUUGUAUGCUGUUGUACAAGCCGGAAACAGAAAAUGGGAGGCCCGAACGUAUGGCCUAGAAAAGGGUAUCUGGCAGUAUUUAGAAGUGACAUGGAGCGAGUCUAAGGGACUGUCUAUCUACAUAGACCUGCGUCUCGCUGUCAAACAAGUAGGACACUCUAUUGAAUCCCCUCGUAAAAGCACCCGAUCUACAUUUUAUAUUGGCCGUGCUAAUUAUGCUAACCUUCAAGAAUACCCCUAUGUUCUUAUCGAUGAUGUGGAAAUGCUGUAUGGUGAGAGGGAAACUCUGUUAUUCUUGGAUCUGAUACAGAGAGGAAAACCAACGAAAAAUUACUUCAGCUUCGACAGGAUGAUAGGGGAUCGACUAUAUCACCCAUCAAUGGUUAUCGAAACGUAUGGAUCACCGAAACUUGUGACAGGUAAAAUUGGACAAGGAAUCAAACUCAACGGAAAUAGCCAGGUCGUGGACUUCGGGGAACACCAGGCAAACUGCUUGGGUAAUCUAGACAACUGUCACCAUGGAGUUCUUUUGGCAAUGUGGUUUAAUCCCACAACCUUCAGAGACAACAUGUACUUUGCAUCAACAGGAAAUAACGGUAUUACGAUUAAAAACACUGGAAGUCGUUUGGAGGUAUCGGCAACGACCUCUACUCGUGAAUGGAAUAUAUCCACCGAAGUUUUGUCUUAUAACAACUGGUAUUUCAUGGAAAUAUCCUGGGAUCCGGAGAAAGGUCUGGAACUGUAUAUUAACGACAAUCUAGUGUCCAGCACUAACACUGCAAAUAAAAAAGCAGUAACGCUGGCAACGGGAAUUUACACCAGCUCACAGGAAAACAAGUUCUAUCUUGGACGAGGAAAUACAAGGAUGACAUCGAACAGGUUCGGCAACGCCAUGUAUGAUGAACUUGAAUAUUGGUAUGGUCCAAGGGAAUAUCUGAUAGCCUUUGGUUACAUACAAAGAGGCAAACCAAAGGGAUACUUAAUAGACAUGGAGGCUAGGAGGGGAAAUGACCUUGUACAUCAAGAUCUUCCGCUCCGGUUGCAUGGUGGUCCCCAGCUUGUGCAAGGUGUGAUAGGAUACGCGCUGCAUCUCGACGGCAAUAACCAGUACCUAGACGUAGGCAUCCACGACAACGAGUGUCUCGGGAACCUUCAAAAAUGUUCCAAUGGAAUCACUGUAUCUUCAUGGCUAAACUUUAAAGAUUACACCAAAAACAUGUACAUUUUGUCGACUGGUAAUAAUGGCAUCCGCAUGUACCAGAAGGCAGGAGAGACUAUUGCAGUGGUUCAUCAAAACGGUAAAGAGUGGGAGGUGGCGAUUCCCAAUCUGGAAAAACAAGUCUGGCACUUCGUUGAACUGUCCUGGCAUCCGGACUUCGGACUUAACAUGUACGUGAAUAAUACCUUAGUAUCUCAUUCGUCCUACACUAACGUCGUACCCAAUGUCAGGAGAUCAGGAACACGUGUGUAUGUUGGUCGUGCUAAUAACGGUGACACGGGGGAGACCACUACGACCGCCAUGAUGACGGCGGAUGAGAUGGAGGUGUGGUACGGACGGAGGGAGGGGCUGGUGGCCUUUGAUUACAUACUCAGGGACAACAUUCAACACGAGACUAUCUCCUUGGAAACGGCGUCUGGGGGUGUGGUUCUACAUCCACGCCUUACUAUCACUUUAGCCAAUGGUGCCCGGCUGACAAAUGGGAGGAUAGGACGAGGAGUUUCUCUAGAGGGCUUUGGUCAAUAUCUGGAUCUUGGUAACAAUGGCGACAAGUGUAUGGGAAAUCUGAGGAAAUGCAAAAAUGGACUGACCGUCUCACUUUGGAUUAAGGCCCGUAAGUUGGAAGAUGGCACAUACUUCCUAUCAAGUCCUUCUAAUACGCUCUCCUAUAAUGAUGGACAGCUGAUUUCCAGGUUCUUUAUGAACGGCAAGAUGUGGGAGGUGUCGACUCCAAACAUCAAGGCUGACCGUUGGCAGCAGGUGGUGAUGUCAUGGUCGCCAACUGAUGGUGUGGAGCUGUACCUAGAUGGCAAAAAGCAGAGCUCGACGUCCACAUGGAGUUCUUUUCAAGGAGAUGAUCCAAAUGUCGCAAAGACGUACGUGGGUCGUUCUACAGAUAACAGCAGGAAGACUGUCAAUGCUUUGGUAGAUGAAAUACAGUACAUCUAUGCACAACGUGAUCAAGCUAUAGCUUCCGGGCAAUUGCAAGGAUAUGUAAAUCAUCAGGCUUUACCACUAGACCGAGUUCCGCGGAUUGAAAAUGGGAAAUUCUUCAUCAAAUUACCCAUCAGAACAAUCUAUCUCCAUGGUAACCCCUCUCAAGUCCAAGGCCAACAUGGUCGAGCAAUCAGAAUAAACGGGAAAAGUCAGUAUUUGGAUUUUGGAGAUGACUUGAUUUGCAAGGGUAAUUUAGCUAACUGCGAGUCUCGAGGUUUCACUGUGCAGUUCACGGUGAAGCCAGAACGUCUGAUAGAGAACAUGUAUCUGGUGGACAGUUUCCCUCUGUCGGUGUACUAUCGGGACGGCAAACUAUGGGCCACUGCUAGAACUCCAACCAUGUCUUGGACCACCUCCACUCCAGACUUUAUCGCAGGAGAAUGGCAGUUAGUGGAAAUCACUUGGCAACCUCAAAGAGGAUUAACUUUGUUAGUUGACGGAAAGGAAGAGUCCCAUCAGACGUUCGGAACACCUCAACAAGAAAUUCGCGAAUGGGAUCGGAAGACAUACUUCGGUCGUUCUCUCUCCGAUAUGAUUCGUGAAAGGUAUGCCGACGCCACCCUGGAACGGCUAGACGUAUGGAAUGUCCAGAAAGAAUAUUUACAAGUACAUGGACUGAUAGGUUCUAACAACACCGUAUCAGGUGGUUACACCGUGUCAGGAACUCACAAUGUAACCACCGGCGGUUCGGGACACAGUAUAAAUAUACACAGGGUCAACAUUACAACCUCCAAUGAAGAGGUGACUAUAAAACCAGGAGUGGAGGUGGUUCCUGAUGUUUUUACGAGAGUCAUUAACGACGACCGUAGGAUAAAGGAUAUUCCAGGAGCCCGGACCACCUUUAUACGGCCAGAGGGGGAUACUCACCUCAUUAAACCACCGGUUAUUGACAGUGGAGUAGAUAUCAUCGUACUGAAUGGAACGAUAUUGAGAGAAACUAAAAGAAGAACUACCCCAGCUCCCGUGGUGACCACCCAGGCCCAGAGUGAUCUGUAUGAAGAUGUGGAACGGCAAGUUUUCCGCCACACCAGGCGCUACUCCACACACACCAUCCGUUUUCUCGGCAGUGCCUACAUCCACUACGAUUUCGGUGCCUUUGGAAUCAAUGCACCAAAGAUGAUGGAGGUGGUGACCAAUGAGACCUUCCAUUUUCAGUUUAUUACCAAGAAAGCUAACGGGCUCCUGUGGCUGGACAACCGACCAAACCAACUCAUGUACCUUGCUAUGAAGAACAUUGAGAACGGCAAGCAGUGUGAUGGUUACUUGACCUUUUACCUAGAUGACGGGACAGGGCAGCCCCAGCAGGUCCAACUUCGCCCUGAGGACUACCGAGACCUCAAUGACUGGAGAUGGCACAAAAUCUCCGUAGAAAGAAUGGGCCGCCAUAUGAGAUUCUUCAUCGACGAGAAGUACGCAGGCGAACUCUUCACUAGAAGCGCAAUUCAGAUGGUUGCCCCUGGUGACGUGUAUUUAGGAGGAAGCCCUGAUACAAUUCGUCUAACAGACAGACACGUUCAGGAAGGGUUUGAUGGAGCGCUUACUGAGGUUAUCUACACCAAAUAUGCCAGAAACAACCAUGUGACAAUAAUAAGCCUUCUUGCUCACAUUGAGACCCACGCGUCCACACAUGGUCGGGUAAUAAUCUACAAACCAAACGAAUUUGGCACCCGACCACCACAGCCAGUUACAACUCCUACUCCAAGACCAAAGGAGAUUGUUCUCUUCCGCACUAUUUCCAUCCUGCAGUUUAACUUCCACAUUCGCGCCACUGGUUAUAUUGACAUGAGAAAUGGGGGUGAACUCUCCUUCCGGUUUAGAACCCAUCAAAUGCAUGGUUUGCUUUUUGUUGCCGGAACUUCCGGUUCAUUUUUCAGCUGUGAGAUAGUCGAUGGGUACCUCUACUUCGUAUAUGAUUUUGGUGCUGGUGCCAAGCGUGUUCGGAUUUCUUCAAGAUCUGUUACCGAUGGACAGCCCCAUUCUGUAAGAAUAUCCUUCACCUAUGGCCGCCGCGUCACUGUGUACUAUGACAAUACUCCGACUACGAUCACUUUGUCUGGUUCAGAGACGUCAUUAUACUUCAGAGGUGGAAUUUGGUUUGGUGGCCCCAGAGAGGACAGCGAAUUGUCCUGGUAUAUGAUAUCAAGGAACGGAUUUGUUGGUUGUUUGCUAGAUUUCAUCCUGAGAGACACAACAACAGACUUCACCACUAUGAUCGUCCAGAAUGUUCCUGAACUCUCCCAGUCCUGUGUAGUGGGGGCAGACGAGUGCGCAGUGCCCUCUAUUUGUGGAACCGGAAAAUGUUCAUAUCAUAAUGACCUCUCCUACCACUGUUACUGCGCAGGAACAGGAAUGGCGGGUGAUCGAUGCGAUAUAUGGCCAGUCACUGCCGCUUUUGAGGCACGGGAGUAUGUGUUAUAUCAUUACAGCAGGUACUUAGAAACGCACCUGAACGACUUCUCUCUAAGAUUUAGGACAAAGCAAAACAAUGCCCUUUUGUUCCAAACCUACUCUUCACAAGGUCACAAUGAUUUUAUUCGAGGAGAGAUUGAGAACGGACGAAUCAAGAUCACCAUCCGAAUCAAUGGGAAAGAUCAGGUUUUCUAUACUGGGUUCUACCUGAACGAUGACAAGUGGCACACUUUUAACCUUCGUCGCCGUGCAAACGACUUGGAAUUGUGGGUCGACAAUUCUCAACAGCAUCAGACAGAGACGAUAUCAGGUCAGGAUUUCUAUAUCCAUUAUGAUAAGAUCUACUUCGGCUCCGUCCGCGAUGUGUAUCCGCGACUGAGAAUACCCGACUUCCAUGGCUACAUGCACAAUGUCUACGUCGAUAGAGUAGACAUCUUUGAGAAACUAAAGCAACACAGCGGUGGCCACUGGCCUAGUUUGAUCUUCACUCGUUCUGAAUGGGAGCGACAUGUUCAUGGCCACGUUGAUAUGCAUACCGCCAGACCCCAAACGCCAAAACCCACUCCAAAACCAACGACAUCUGUACCUCUGCCCACCAAAAUCAAGCUUUUCAGCACCAUGUCUAUUCUGGUUCAUGACAAACACUAUCACAUUCCUGGUUAUAUUGACCUACGACAGGGAGGCGAAAUCAACUUCCGGUUCCGCUCGCUGCUAGAGACUGGACUCCUAUUGACUAUACCCAGAUCCACGUCACUUUCGCAUUUUAUGAGCUUCGAGGUCUUUGAAGGAAAAUUAUACUUCGUAUAUGAUUUUGGUGUCUUGACCAGAAGAGUGCUUGUAUCAAAUGAUUUUGUCAGCUCGGGUCAAUGGCAAAAUGUUCGACUAUCUUUGACCGGUAGUUAUCUUCUCGUUUACCUGAACAACAAGCCAACACGAAUCGAACUGUCCUCUACUGAGAGCAAUUCUUUAUACUUUGGUGGUGGAAUUUGGAUUGGCGCACAGCCCAAAGAAAAUUUGUCAUGGUAUUCGUAUGCAAGACAUGGCUACGUGGGGUGUAUUGGAGAUCUCACUCUGCACAGACUGAAUUCAAACAUGCGGCUGGAGUCGUUCAUCACAGGAAAUGGUAUAUCUAACCAGUGUACUGUGGUAACUCGUCACUGUGACACUGCCAAUAUAUGUGGUACCGGAACCUGUCGAUACUCAGGAAAUGGUGGAUAUGAAUGUCACUGUGAGGGCACAGGGUUUGGUGGCGACCGCUGUGAUAGAUGGCCAAUAACCAGUAUCUUUGAGGACGGACACUAUAUUCUGUAUAACUACUUGCUCCAACAGAGAACACACAAUAACGAUUUUUCAGUCCGCUUUCGUACCUCCCAGGAUAACGCUAUUCUUUUCCAAACCCACUCCACUCGCGGGCAGGACGAGUACAUCCGGGCAGUUCUAGAAAAUGGCCGCAUUAAAGUCACUGUCAGAAUUGAUGGAGUAGAUCAACAAAUUUUAGCUCCAUUUGUUUACUAUGUUGGAGAGAAUUUGAAUGAUAACCAUUGGCAUACCUUCAAUCUUCGCCGUUACGGUAAUCUCUUGAAGAUGUGGGUGGACAACCUGGCUCACAAAGAAGAAACUUUAAAGGGAGAGAACUUCUACAUUCAUUACGACGACGUGUAUUAUGGUUCCUUGGCUAACCUGUACCCUAAUCUUAACAUCCCCUCGUUCUCGGGCUCCAUGCAUAAUGUAUACAUCGAUAGUGUGGAUAUAUUUGACGAACUGAAGCAGCACUCUGGUGGACACUGGCCCAUAUUCAUCCACACUGAGAAGGAAUACAAUAAUUAUCACUUCCGGCCCGUUACCUUUGUUACUAGUGACGUGUAUGCAGAUUUAGCCCCUCUACAUGCCUCACGAAGGAUGCACUUAACCUUCAAUUUUAAAACAGGAGAAAAAGAUGGUAUUUUGCUUUUCACAAGAGGAGGUGGGAAGCAGUUCAUUGGUGUGCAGCUGAUAGGUGGACAGUUAUACGUCAAAUUCCACAAUGGCAUUCGACAAAGUGCGCCACAUUUAGUACCCACUCCUAUGCUUAACAAUAACCAAUGGCAUGUCUUUGUUCUGAGAGAACGCACGCGCGGUGAGCAGCGUCAAUUCGAAGUUUCCGUUGACAAUCUUGCGCCAAUUGUCAUCAACCUUGGAACGAACCAGUUAGUGCUGACGGGCCGACUGUAUAUUGGAGGUAUCUCCGCUAAUGAGUAUCUGGACUCGUUUGUCCGGGAAGUCCUUCAGUCCAACCAUGGUUUCAUCGGCUGUAUGUCGUCAGUGGAGCUGAACGGACAUACUCCGGAACUCAUGAAAUACGCCAGUAAUAUCAAUCACGUCAUUACAGGCUGCGAAGCAAUAACUCCCUGCCCGUUGGAUGCCUGUUUACACGGAGGUAUUUGUAUUCCUGGGAUCGUGGGUUUCACAUGCAACUGUCAAACCACUGCGUACUGGGGACUCGACUGUGGUGACUAUCCGAAUGGUACCAUUUUUGGAUCGGCUGACAACAAACAUGGUGGCCUGAUUAUGUACACAUUCGAUGAUCUCCAAGUAUCUAACUCUGACGAAAUUGUCUUUGGGUUCAUGACAUUCUAUGAAAACGGCUUGUUAUACAAAGCAGAAAGCAGACUAGGAAAUGAAUACAUCGAUAUAAGACUGGAAAAUGGUUUUAUCAUAGCUGAAUACGACACUGGCAGUGGUAAGGAAACAUUAAGGAUUGAUUCAAAGACGUACAAUGACGGCAAAUACCACGUUGUCAAGUUCAAACGGACCGGGGAGCGCGCGGACCUGAUAGUAGACAGUCUCAGUGCCUAUAAUAUACACCAAACUUCUCAUUCCGCAUUCGAUGAAAUGCACAAAGUUUUCAUUGGUGGACACACUGAUUCGGCUCAUUCUACCAUCCUUGAUGGCUUCAAUGGCAUUAUCGGAGGUGCCUACUGGAACAAGUACCGUUUUAUAGACCUUGCUCACCACAAUGAUGCCAGAAUCAACAUUGUUGGAGAUUACGCAGUUCUUAUCGAUAAGCAUGGUUAUCAUCUGCAUACACCAGUUAUUCCUACUCGGCCACCUGUUCCUCCUAUUGGCCCUGGACCACACAUUGUUCCAGAUCAUAUUGGAGGCUCUGGUUCACUGGGACCAGGAGCCUCUGGAAUCGGAGGUGGAAUUGAUGUGAUCCACUAUGAAAAGAUAGGUGGUAUAUCGGGUGGUUUUGGUACAAACCCUGGUCUGACUGGCAAUCUAAACCCUCUCCCACAGACUGCUGGGGGUGGUCCCGCUGUUGUUCCUCCUCCAUCCGGUGGCGGUGUCCGAGCAGGUGCUGCAAUGGGAACACUUCUUGGUACAAUGGCAUUCCUGGCAAGCUUGAUGUGGGCUUUCUGGAGAUUGAAGCCAGGUGUUAUUACGUGUCCAGGUGGCGGAGGUGGUGGUCCUCCACCAGCGACCAUCUCUCCCCCUACCGCGACCAAUCUCCCAGUCGUCAAGGCAAUGGCUGGAACAGCCGAGGGAAGUGGUGCUGGAUCAGGUGCAGGAGGUGGAACUAAGAUUACCGUGGUCAAUGGAUCAGCAGGCGCCGGUGGAGGUGGAGGAGGUGGUGGGGGAUAUUCUUCCUAUUACACUUCCUCCACGACUACAGCCACGGCAGGCGGCGGCGGUGGUGGUGGUGGUGGUGUUGUUGGAGACGUAUUUGAUUCUGCUACUCUUAGAGCUACGGGUACGUUCUCGAACAAAGGAACCAUUAUUGGUACUCCAAAGGCUACACGAGCAUACUUAGGAUCCGCGUCGUCGGCAGGCAGUGGUGGUGGUGGUGGCGUUGGGGGUGGUACCUCAUCGUACCUCUACCAGAAGGAGAGCACAACGUACAAGUCCGGUGGUGGCGGUGGUGGUGGUGGCAGCGGUUACAACAUGGCGUAUGGUGAGUCCACCACAGCAGAUUACGACAUGGCCACUCCCGCUAACUACACGAGCAACACCCUCUCGUCCUCCAUGGGAAGUGGUUUAGGUGGCGCUACUGUAGGUGGUAGUAAUACCAUGAGCAAGAAUGGCUACAAUACCAUGACAUCUUCUUACAGCUAUCAGACAUCUUCACUUCAUCAGAAACGAUACCUUGUCCAGAACGUCCGUACAAUGAUGGCCAACCAGGCCGGGAAUCAAAUGGUUCAAUAUAGCGGAACUUCUAGCGGCGCUGUGACGCCUGGUGCUGCCGGGGAUGAAGUGCGUGUAGACUGUUGUCUAAUGGCGACGGAUGGUAGGAGUGUCGUGACUGGGUCUAGUCUGGGACCACCCCAAGUCUGGGACAUGCAGAAUGGUGAAUUACUGCGCAUCAUGAAAGGCGAUACUGUAGGCUCCACAAACCUUCACCUAGCCUGCAAUGACCGUCUGCUGGUCGGUGCGGUUCAUGCAGAUAUAGAAGUUAACGAAUACUCAACUAGAAAGGGUGUCGCCAAUAAAAAAUUACAGAUUUGGGACUACACCACCGGUAAACCUUUAGAGAUGGGUACAGAGGAGACGUGUUCUGCGCUAUGUGUAAUGUCAGAUCCAGACAAAGUCGUAUUCGCUAGAUCUGAAAAGUUCGGCAAUGCUACACAUAUAAUAGUCUGGGACUUGUUAGGAAAUCAAGCACUAAAGGAGGUGAAAUAUGACGCACCUGUAGGAAACAAUGACUAUGUAAAUUUCUUAAAACUUUCUCACAAUGACAGGUACUGUGUAUUAGGAUUUACCAAUUCAUUUGACAAUCACGCAGAAUUUGUAGUAUUUGACAUGAAUCAAACCCAGCAUGAAGUCACAGAUCCGUGUUUGUUGAGGCUUGAUGCAAACACAGACUGUACGGUGAUUUUGCCUCGAGAUGAGGCUGUGACAGGAUUACGCAAUGGUGACCUAGUGGUUUGGAGUCUGCGCACAGGCCAGCCUAGCCGACAACUGCUUUCGGGUACCGGUGUGCAUGCACACAAUAAAGAAGUGAAGGCGGUCGUUCUUUCGGACGAUAACCGUUACUUGGUAUCGGCGUCAGCAGACGGUACCUUGAAGGUGUGGGAUAUGCAGACAGAGAGACAGAUUAGCACUCUCAGAGGUCACAAAGACGAGGUUUGGUGUGUGGCUAUUUCUCCCGACAACGAAAUCGUUGUAUCCGGUGGUAAAGAUGCUUCGAUCCGCCUGUGGAGAAUGAAGAACGGAAGUGAAAUAUGUGCGUUUUCCACCGCUGUCGACGUCUUCUACGUCACGAUGAGCCACGACAAGGGAACUAUUGUUGCUCUGGGAGACAAAUUUGGUGCCAGAAAAUUGAUCAUGUUGCAAGUUGUGCGGACAAAAAUCCGCAGAACGGUCACAACCUAGAUAAAAAGACUGGUUUUACGGUUAUAAACUGUAUGAUCACAAUAAUUUACUUAUCAGAAUACGGUAUUAUUUAUUAAUGUUAUAAAUGUUUGCAUAAUGCUGUUGUGACAUAUUUCUGAAAUGGUUCACUAUGAAUUAGAUAUCACUUUAUAAUACUAGUUUUCGACGCUUUUGCCAGAUUCUUCUUGCCAAAUAUCAAUGGUAUAAUCAAAAUCUCUCACUGCCUCCGCAAUGUACAACAAAAUUUUCAACACUUUGUUUUGGCUAGUUUUUAUUGUGAAGAAAAGUACGAAAUCCAUUGAUGUUAUGUUAGUGAUGUAAAACCAUGACACCGCCUUGUUUAAAGUGAAUAGCGUGGAUGAUAUAUAAAAUACUCAUAUUCAGAUUGUAUGAGUUUUGAUAAUUGAAUGUGUUUUAUGGAAUGCUUAUUUAUUUUUGCUUGAGAAACAUAUAAUAAAUGUUUUAUAAAGUUUUAA